ACUCGUGAUGGAACACAUGCGUAGUUUGUCCGUAGUGUCAAACAAAAUCGAAAUGCUUUAAAAGAAAACGUAGUAUAACAGAUAUCCGUCUGGAUUACUAGGCCUAUUUCAAUUUACACGGAACUAUAUUUGAAAAUAUUCGCUUUUGUCAAUCUUUGUGCCUGAACUGUCACCAGGGAACAGCAGAGCAGGCGGUGAAAGAAAAACAGACAGACUGACACAUCAGCGCGAGGUAACGUUACACGGAUGUGCGCGGAGGAUGAGUCCCGCUUUAGAAGCGCUGAUGGAGGGGUGUAGAUACCCGGGUAAAGGAGAAAUGAAGGGUGGUGUGAUGUUGGAACCAUUUGUUCAUCAAGUAGGUGGUCACUCUUGUGUAUUGCGCUUUGGGGAACAGACCAUCUGCAAGCCACUAAUACCCCGAGAACACCAGUUUUACAAAAGCCUGCCACCCGAGAUCCGCAAAUUCACGCCUCAGUACAAAGGUGUGGUGUCGGUAAGCUUUGAAGAAGACGAGGAAGGGAAUCUGUGUUUGAUUGCAUACCCGCUCCACAGCGAUCCAGACGAUUUGGAGAACAAGGAGCCCUCUGCUGACGGGGAGUCUAAGAACAAGCUUGUUAAGUGGGGAAAAAAGAAGCAAUCAGUCCUACUCUCAGAGAAUGAGAGAACACGGCUGAGCCGCAAAGAGGAGAAGGGCAAAAGUAAUCGGGAUGAUAAAGCUGAAGUUUUGUACUACAGUCUGGAGAAAGGAAAUGUGGUUCCUCAAAUCAAGCACAACCCUUGGAGUCUACAGUGUCACCAGCAACAUCUACAGAGAAUGAAAGAGAACUCUAAACACAGAAACCAGCACAAAUUCAUUCUACUGGAAAACUUAACAUGGCGGUACCGGGUUCCAUGCGUUCUCGAUCUGAAAAUGGGAACACGCCAGCAUGGGGACGACGCCUCUGAGGAGAAGAAAGCUAAUCAGAUACGCAAAUGCCAACAAAGCACUUCCUCUUCUAUUGGGGUUCGCCUCUGUGGCAUGCAGGUUUAUCACAAUUCUACAGGGCAGCUGAUAUUUAUGAAUAAGUAUCACGGCCGCAAAUUGAGUCUUGCUGGCUUUAAAGAGGCUCUGUGCCAGUUCUUCAGUGAUGGACAUGUCCUGCGCAGGGAACUUCUGACCCCGGUGCUUCAAAGACUGAGAGAGAUGAGAGCUGUUCUGGAGUCUUGCGAAAGCUAUCGUUUCUUCUCCUCCUCCCUUCUUAUCAUCUACGAUAGCGCUCCACCUCCCACCCCAGCUAGAUCCCGGCCCUCUCGUGGAGGAGAGGAGGGAGAUGAAGACGACGAAGAUGAUGAUGAGGACGGAGCGUAUGGAGGGCGCCGCGAUCACACCAGCGGCCCUGGUUUGGUUUCACCAACGGUGGAUGUGCGAAUGAUUGAUUUUGCGCACACAACAUGCCGUGAUUACGGAGAGGAUGGUAUUGUUCACGAGGGUGGAGACAGUGGUUACAUCUUUGGCCUACAGAAUCUCAUCAGUAUUCUGUCACAGCUUGAGGAGCACAGCAACGAUUGAAUGCUUGUGCACCGCUUUUUCAACGCAAUUGCCAUGCCAGGCUUAUCGUGGGCACCCUGACCAUGUCAGCUGGAUUAAAGUUCACGCUAAGAUCACCCUGUUGUGCUUCCUCAAAGCAGAAGCGGUCACGUAAACGGGGGUCAAAGGUCAAUCCUGAAUUCCCAGAGUACCUAAGGAGACGUUGGUUUUGAACUCACUCACGGGCAAGAGUGCGGACCCUCUCUCUGCCUGCUGUUUCUGCUCGUUCCGAAUGACUGAGGGAAAUUUGGAAAUUAAGAUGAUAUUUGCGUUAAAUAAGCCUUCAUUAAAGACUUAUUUCAGCAAAAAAAGAGAAUAAUGUGGACAAAAGAGAUGGUUUCUCUUACACACCUUUUUAGGGUUUGUAGCAAGGAACUCUGUUAUUUUGUCGUUUUAAGAUAAAGUUUGGUAGCACAAAGAUAAAUCAAUAAGACAAAGUUGAUACUUCACAACUAGGCAACGAAUAUUAUGGUGCUUAAUAAACACUAAGCAGGAUCCUCCGUGAGCAGGAUACACGGGAAGAGCGGUUUUUGUGGAGUAUGUGGAAGAGGAAAUUCGCAUAGCUCCUCUCCACAUUCCUUACUAUAUAAGAGUCUAGGACAUUUAGUGGGGACAGCUGACAAUGUCAUCUGGAUAUCCAAAUAUUUUUCAUUGUCUUGGAUCUUCUUCAUUCCAUAGCCAUCUGUCUGAAAUCGUCACUCCGGAGACUUUAAAUAGAGCCCUAUUUAUUUAUAAGAGUAUUUCUAUCAAAUGUGAAAUAGUGUGAAAUGGAAAGUGACAUUCCAACCUUCACUUCUGCGUUAUGAUAUAAGCGAUGAACAUUUUUAUGUUAUGAUAUUCCCUGUUUUUGACAAUAUAAAACAAAAUAAAGAUAAUUCUGUUUUGUUGUGAUA